GCGACGUGUCCGCGGCCCGGCCGAUGGCCGCCCCCGCCCGCCGCGCUCCGCGCCCGCGCUGACGGAUGUAUUUGAAGAGGCCGGCGGGCGGCCUCGCCUUCUGCCUCUUCUACCUGGCCUCCAGCUUCACCAACAAGUAUGUUCUGUCUGUCCUGCAGUUUACCUACCCUACCCUUUUUCAAGGGUGGCAAACAUUGGUGGGUGGACUUCUGCUUCACAUCUCCUGGAAGCUGGGCUGGGUGGAGAUAAACUUGUGUUCAAGGUCUGAAAUCCUGUCAUGGCUUCCUGCAUCAGUACUUUUUGUGGGCAUUAUUUAUGCUGGCUCCAGGGCACUGUCUAGAUUGCCAAUCCCAGUGUUCCUCACCGUGCACAAUGCAGCAGAAGUCAUAACCUGCGGGUUCCAGAAGUUUGUGCAGAAAGAGCAGACUUCUCAUCUGAAAGUCUGUAGUGUGCUGUUCCUCCUGGCAGCAGCAGUGUGCCUUCCUUUGUGUGACACACAGUUUGAUCCAAAUGGGUAUUUAUGGGCUCUAAUUCACUUGAUCUGUGUUGGGGCUUACAAAGUAUUUCACAAGUUGUGGAAACCUGGAUCUUUAAGUGAUCUGGACCAACAGUACAUCAACUAUGUAUUCAGUGUGGUGCUGUUGGCCUCUGCAUCCCAUCCAGCAGGUGAUCUUUUUAGUGCCUUGGAUUUUCCAUUCCUGUACUUCUACAGGUUUCAUAGCAGCUGCUGUGCCAGUGGACUGUUGGGAUUCUUUCUGAUGUUGCACACAGUGAAGCUAAAAAGCAGCGCAACCUCAGGGCAAUAUGCAGCCUGGAGUUUCCUUGCAAAGGUUAUCACUGCUAGCUUAUCACCGUUCUUCUUUGUCAUGACCGCCAAUGUUCUAACCAUUUCUUGCCUUGUGAUCGGUGGAGUUGGAGAAGCAUUGCUUGUUUACACUGAAAGGACAGGCACAUAAAGAGGAACCAGAUCUCACCAGUUGGAAAAGAACUGACUUGCAGCCUAGAGACACUAUCACGAAAAAAAAGCAGCAGCAGGAAUGAAGAAGUGCGACCAAACAUGAGGAAAGGGAUCUAUUUUUUUUUUUUUCAAUUAAGAAAAGAACGUGUGCUAUUACUGGUGCUGGUAAGGGAGCAGCAUAGUUGGCAAAGAUGGUAAGGAGCCUUUGCCUCAAAGCACAAGACCAACUAUAUCAGAUUGAUGUGGUAAAUAAAAAACUGCACUGUAUCAUGCUGAUGGCUCUGUGUGAGCACUACUCAGUAGCAGCUUCUUACACAGGGAGCUAAACUCAGGAAAAGCAGCAUUCCCCACAGGAUGCUCCCGGUGGUUUUUUUUUUGUUUGAAGCAGACAGCAGGUCAUACCAAACAACGUAUAAAUUCAGGAUCUGGAAGGAUGGAUUUUGCCUCCAGCUGUUCUGUAAGCAGCAAGCUGCCACACACAGGUCUCUAGUCAUGUUGUCUGAACUGGCACAGGGACUGAGGCCAAAGGGCUUGUGGAGAUAAUCCCCUUCUGGAACUGUGGCAGUUUGACAGCCUUUCAGAAAGGGAAAAUCAGCAAUAAAUCUCAAUAUCUGUAGUGA